UAACACAUUGCAUCAUAGUUUCACUGGCAAAGGCCAAAAAAUGAAUCUUCAGUGUGUUUCUCUUGCUGCAACGGUAUCUUUGGUUCCCUUCACUCCCAAAGCUUCGGUUUGCUCCAUCAAUGAAGCCACCCUCAAGUCUCGUACGAUUCCAAAACGAGUCAACUCGGACGCACCAAUCAAACUCAGCGCCGAGUUUCUCUACCCUGACUCGCCGGAACCCACGACCAAACCGUGCUUCUGUGGGAGAAGGCACUUCAUUGAAGCUGCAACUCUGGGAACUACCCUGUUUCCAAUUCAACCCUCUAAAGCCACCGACCCACGUUCUGACUACACGGCUUUGCUUAACAAGUUUCACCCACCAAGACCUGAUUGGUACGAGGAGUUCUAUGCUUGGGUCAUGAAUUCAACUACUAAGUCUUAUGAAGCUGAGGUUGCGCCGUACAAGUCUCAAAUCUUCAGUAACUUGAAAGUAAAUGGUCUAAGAAUCUUAGAGAUUGGAAUUGGAACUGGUCCUAACCUCAGUUAUUAUGCUGGUGGUUCUGAGGUAGGGGUUGUUGGCAUUGAUCCGAAUCCGAAGAUGGAAAAUUAUGCUCGGUCCUCGGCUGCAUCGGCUGGAUUGCCACCUUCACAUUUUGAGUUUGUACAGGCGGUCGGGGAGGCUAUACCAUUAAGUGAUGCUUCUGUUGAUGCAGUUGUUGGAACACUUGUAUUGUGUUCUGUUAAAGAUGUUGAUAUGACACUGAAAGAAGUGAAGAGGGUGCUGCGACCCGGUGGAGUUUAUGUGUUUGUGGAACAUGUGGCUGCAAAAGAUGGAACUUUUCUCAAAUUUGUACAGAGAGUUCUUGAUCCUUUACAACAGACACUUGCAGAUGGGUGUCACCUUUGUAGGGAAACAGGAAACAGUAUAUCCAGAGCGGGAUUUUCAAGUGUUGAGCUAAACUUGGCAUUCUUAUCUAGUGCUACCUUUAUAAACCCCCAUGCAUAUGGAAUAGCUUACAAAUAGCAUCAAAAGCGUCUUUGAUCCACUUAGCCUCCCAGUUAGGUUGCUUGGAAAAGAUUUUUGCCAUUUUCAGGUACUUCACUAGAUAGAGCCCAGGUUUCAAUACAAAUCAGCAUGUACAUGUAUGUCCUCACCAAAUCAGCAUCAAGUUCAACAUGCACUGAUACUUGCAUUACCAAAUGAUUGAGUUGUACAUGUUAUGCAUGCUUUGAACUUAGUUUAUGGUGGUAUAUCAUCAUAAAAACCAUGUAAAUGGCCCCUCUUUCUAUUCUUGAAGCCUCUACUGCCAGUUAACUUCUUAUUGAGGGCAUGCCUGUAAAUCAUCAAGCAUAUAAUUGAAAUUAAAAAGAAAAAGAAAAAUGAGUAAGUAUGGUAACUUUCUUGUAUAAUCUCUAACUUGAUUUGAAUGUCACUAAACGAGAGAACUUGUGUACUACUCAAAUACGUUUUAUUUUUGCACCUAGGAU